GUGCCUACAAAAAGGCCUCCAUACACGUGAAGAUAGCCAAGAAGACAAAGAUCAUAUGAUGUCUUCUCAUCAUAAUCCACAUGUUGUUCUUUUCCCAUUCAUGUCUAAAGGCCACACCAUCCCGCUACUGCAGUUGGCUCGCCUCCUCCUCCUCCGCCGCGGCGUCGCCCUCACCAUCUUCACUACUCCCGCCAACCGCCCCUUCUUCUCCAAAUCCCUCUCCGAUGUCGUCGACGCCAUCUCCCUCAUCGACCUGCCAUUCCCGGAAAACAUCCCCGGCGUGCCGCCGGGAAUUGAGAGCACCGAUAAACUCCCUUCCAUGUCCCUCUUCCCGGCUUUUGCCGCCGCCACCAAGCUCAUGAAACCUCACUUCGAACGGGCGUUGAACGCUCUCCCUCCCGUUUCCUUCAUGAUCACCGACGGCUUCCUCGGCUGGACUCUCGACUCGGCUAACAACCUCGGAAUCCCCCGCCUCGUGUAUUUCGGUAUGAGCUACUUCUCCUCCGUCGUGUCCCGCUCCGUCACUUCCGCUGGCCUAAUACUGAAACCAAACGGCGACGACGAGGCGUUCACGGUGCCGGAUUUUCCAUGGCUCAGUGUCACCAGAAACGAUUUCGAUGCCCCGUUUCGAGACAGAGAGCCCAAAGGCCCACUUUUCGAUUUUGUAACGGAGCAAAUGGUGGCCACUGUAAACAGUCACGGUUUGGUGAUGAACAGUUUCUGCGAUCUCGAGCAUGUUUAUAUGGAAUUCUAUAACCGCAACCUGGUGCCCAAAUCAUGGCCCGUCGGACCUUUCUGCUUGGCAGAGCCGCGGAGAAAACCCCCGCCGGAAAAUCAAGAAAAGCCGUCCUACAUCAAAUGGCUGGACGGGUUUCACGAACAGGGGAAGCAAGUUCUGUACGUGGCAUUCGGGUCUCAAGCGGAGAUAUCCCCGGAGCAAUUGCGGGAGAUUAAAGUUGGGUUAGAGGAAUCCGAAGUGAAUUUCUUGUGGGUGGUUAGAACCCACGAAUCGGAGCUCGAUGGGUUCGAAGACAGAGUGAAGAACAGGGGAUUAUUGGUACGGGAGUGGGUUGAUCAGAGGGAAAUUCUCGGCCACCCGAGCGUGAACGGGUUCGUGAGCCACUGCGGGUGGAACUCCGUAUUGGAAAGCAUAUGCGCGGCGGUUCCGAUAGCGGCGUGGCCGAUGAUGGCGGAGCAGCACCUGAACGCGAGGAUGGUGGUGGAGGAGAUGAAGAUCGGGGUGAGAGUGGAGUCGUGCAAUGGGUCGGUGAGAGGGUUUGUGAAGUCGGAAAGCGUGGAGAAGGCGGUGAGGGAAUUGAUGGAAGGAGAAAUUGGUAAAAGUGCGAGGAAGAAAGUUAAAGAGCUCAGUAAUUCCGCCAUUAACGCCAUUAAAGAAGGUGGCUCUUCCUGGCUCAAAUUAGAUGAGCUCAUUAACGAGUUUCAUGCAAAAAUGAAAAAGAAUCCUGACAUGUGAUCUGACGUACACAUCUGCUCCAGUACUCCCAUAAUAAUAAAGGAAAACAGUAGAAUUAUUUCCUAUUAUCAUCUUAUAUUUUUAGUCUCAUAUUUUGAAUAUGAACACUUUUUUUUUUGGAAUUUAUCUGA